AGACCGAGGGCCGGCCCCGAGCAGCCGCCGCCGCCCGCCCCAUCAGGCGAGGGGCAGGAGAGCCAGCGCCGCGCCCCGCCCGCCGCGGCCGGCAGGAGAACCCGGUCGUCGCCGCCGCCGCUGCACCAUGAAGAUCAAGGAUGCCAAGAAGCCGUCUUUUCCAUGGUUUGGCAUGGACAUUGGGGGAACUUUGGUCAAACUUGCAUAUUUUGAACCUAUUGACAUCACUGCAGAGGAGGAGCAGGAAGAAGUUGAAAGCUUGAAGAGCAUCCGCAAAUAUCUGACUUCCAAUGUAGCCUAUGGAUCCACUGGCAUUCGAGAUGUCCACCUGGAGCUGAAAGACUUGACGAUUUUUUCUCGAAGAGGAAACUUGCACUUUAUUAGAUUCCCGACUCAUGAUUUGCCUACUUUUAUCCAAAUGGGAAGAAAUAAAAACUUUUCAACACUACAUACGGUGCUCUGUGCCACCGGUGGUGGCGCUUACAAGUUUGAAGAAGACUUUCGCACAAUUGGAAACCUCCAGCUGCACAAACUGGAUGAGCUUGACUGCCUUGUCAAAGGCUUAUUGUAUAUAGACUCUGUCAGCUUCAACGGCCAGGCAGAGUGCUAUUAUUUUGAAAAUGCCUCAGAUCCUGAGAGAUGCCAAAAGAUGCCUUUUAACCUGGAUGAUCCAUACCCGUUGCUGGUUGUUAACAUUGGUUCAGGAGUCAGUAUUUUAUCAGUUCAUUCCAAAGACAACUAUAAAAGAGUAACUGGAACAAGUCUAGGCGGAGGGACCUUUCUUGGUUUAUGCAGUUUGUUGACGGGCUGUGAAAGUUUUGAAGAAGCUCUGGAAAUGGCCUCCAAAGGAGACAGCACACAUGCUGAUAAGCUGGUUCGAGAUAUUUAUGGAGGAGACUAUGAAAGAUUCGGCUUGCCAGGAUGGGCUGUAGCAUCCAGUUUUGGGAAUAUGAUCUACAAAGAGAAGAGAGAGUCUGUUAGUAAAGAAGAUCUUGCAAGAGCCAUAUUGGUCACCAUCACCAAUAACAUUGGGUCUAUUGCCCGGAUGUGUGCAGUAAAUGAGAAAAUAAACAGAGUUGUGUUUGUUGGCAAUUUUUUACGUGUGAAUACUUUGUCAAUGAAGCUUCUUGCAUAUGCACUGGAUUACUGGUCAAAAGGCCAGCUGAAGGCCUUGUUCCUAGAACAUGAGGGUUACUUUGGAGCCGUUGGUGCUCUUCUUGGGCUGCCAAAUUUCAGUUGAGAUACCAGAUGUCGCUGCACUGAACUAUUUUCCACCUGAAUUAUACUUGUUUAUGGCAAUGGGUACUAAAUCUGGGGAGGGGAGAAAAAAAUAGCAGAUUUUCUGUAACUGUUCAUAAGAAGUGAUGAGCUACUGAAUAUUGCCGUUAUAAGGAAGGGGGGUUCAUUCUGUUGGGCAUUGAAAAAUGAAAUGUGUGGGGAUGUCGUUUGUGUUUUUUGGUACUUGUAGCCAGUACUGAACUUCUAAUAUGCAAUACAUCCUCUGAAACAAGCUUCCAGAAGAAGGAAUACCAAUCCACGAAGUGCUCAGUGUGUAAAUAUUGCAAGUUUACCCCUGAGGCUUUAGGCCGAUCAGUUUUGUAUAUAAUUGAUGAAUGAAAAAUUAUUUUCAUUAGUUAUACUGUAUUACGAGCACAAUUUCCCAUGCGUACUUACAGAUAACUUUAAAAACAGUAAGGUACUAUCUACAGGAUGAGGAAACUGUAGACAAUUGCUUCCCACAGUAAGAAUAGUAAUUAUUUUUAUGUGUAAUGGAAAUAAUAUUAAUGCUUUAAUUUUCCAUGGGAAGAUUAGAAACACAAAAAAUCAGCCAAAGCAGCAGAUUAAGCAGUUGAUGUUUUUGAAGGUUUUGUGAAGCUAUUCACUUGCCCUCUUCAUGUAUUUGAAGAUGUAGCUGGUAUUUUGGGAAGAUCCCCUCUGCCUUUGGCUGGGUUUGGAAAAUCACUUAAUGGUUAAUGAAAGCAGGUUUUGAGGGAUGGGAUUUUUUUCUGAGGACAUGACUUCCAAAAUGCCUUCUGGGUUUUUUUUUGUCUCUCUAAUAAAUUCUGAUAUUAUGUAUCAUUAUUUGUAAAGGCACCACAAAGCCUGAGAGAAUUGAAGAAAUCCUUAUAAAAUAGAUUAAAUAUGGGACCUCAUAAUUCUGAUGCUUUGGCUCAUUUCUGUGGGAAAAUUUCUUCCCUAUCCUAUUAAUUUGAAAAUGUGAUUCUCCUUAGUUUUGUAAGAGUUCAUCAGACCCUAAUUAGAUGUUGAAAAUAAAAAGGUUUUAGCUUGCUUUUGAAUUUGGAAGUUUGUUUUUGAUAAUUAAGGACAGCAUCAGAGUUUGUAUUGCAGCACCAAAUGGACCAAUAUUUAGCACACUUGCAAUAUGGAACCGUUCAUCAAAUUGUGGCCUUGGGAUAAGAUCCGUACUCUAGAACUGAUCUUUGGAUUUUUCUGUAUACUUUUGAAAUUUAUAGUUCUGAUUAUUAAAACAAGUUUAGCCCUGGAGCCAGGGCAUGUGAUCUUAAACUUCUAAGAAUAUUAUACAGUCAUUAGCUAUAUGACUCUUUGUGGACUAAAGAGCUACCCACUUUUAUGAUAUCAUUUUAAUGUUAAAUAUUUCCUAUAAGCGCAUGGGGAGCAGCCAGACUAGAACACAUUCAUAUGUUGGGUUUUAAGGUGUUUUUAAAACUGAUUGCUUGGGUAUUCCAGAGCAUGGCUGUGUUAUAUUCACAAAUGCAUCCACCUAGCGCGUUAUAAACAUCUAUGUGCUAUUUUCAGUCUUCUCUGCUUAUCUUAAAAUUAAAAGCCCCAUACUAACAUCAUAUGGGUUCGUUGGUUGGUUGUUUUUUUUUUUAUUUUUUCUGUGUUCCUUUAAGAGUACAUAACUCAGAGUAGCCAAUUCAUUAAGCCCAAUGUUAAUGACAAAUGCAGUUCCAUUUAUUGCUGUUUUUCGUGGUACUCAUACUGUAUUUCCAUUGUGCUUGCUUUGAUGUUUAAUUGUAGACAUAAAAAAAAAACCCGAACAAAAAUGACAGUGACAGUUGAACCAAUCUGAUGCUAAAUCAGAGCAUUUCAAGAAAGUAACUAAAUAUGGGUUUUAUGGAACAUCUUUAUAAAUGUAUAAUGAAAUGUAUAAAUGAACAGCUGUAUGCUGUUCCCUUUUAAGUUACAAUUGACUAUAGAAAGUAACCUUUAUUUGGUUAUAAAACUUUGCAAAAACUUUUUUCUGAAUGUUUUGACAGCCUCCUGAAAAUUUUGGAAACCAACUGCAAAUUUUUCUUGCAAAGUGAGGUACUUUAAGACAUGUACUACAGCUUGAUUAGAAACAGUUCCUUUAGACUAUAUUUAUUCCUACUUCUCAUUUUCUGAUACUGAAAGAGAGCUACUCUUGAAGCAGUAGCUGGAAGUUACCUGUAUAUUUAACCAGAAGCACAUGUAGAAAUUGAUUACGUAAUGACCAUGGUUAAUUUAAACCAUUUGGAGUUGAUAUGACCUACAAUACAUUUUUAAAGUAAAUUGUACAGAGUUACAGAAUAAAUUAAUGGAGUAAUUCUUGAAUUGCUGUACUGUAUAGAAACUACUGUGAGAAUCAAAAAGUAUGCCCUACCUCUACUUUACUUCCCUUGACCUUCUACAAAAAGAUUGACUUCCUUUUGCUAGUUUUAUCACCACAAUUGUUACUUUGCAAGAGCAAGCAGAGAAGUUUUCAAGCCCUACUGUAAAGCCCAGGGGUCCUGUAUUUAAGCAACAUCUUUGGGUUUCAUCUCUUUUUCUCUCAACUUAGAACUUGUUACUAGGGUCUCCAAAGUUUGACUCUACCAUCAGUAGAAGUGCUAGUCAUCACAAACAGCUGCAAGAUAAGCCUUAAAGUCUUUUCUUCUGAUUUCUCUUCUAAAUAUGUUGAAAAGGCUUGUUUCUUUUAUACAAAUCACUAGAACUAAGUUGCUUUUUCCUGAUCAUCUGUUUUUACUUUCACACUUGCCAUUUCUUUUCCUCAAAGCUAACUGAUUGAAGCGAUUUAGAGUGAAUUGAAUCAAGGUAGAGUAGCAAAAAUUUGGGGUUUUCUCAGGGCUACUGUUGUCUGCUCAAGUGGAACGACUUCUAGAGGAAAGUUGUGAGAUUUCUUCUUCUAAAGUAAAGCUCAUUUUGAAUGUGUAAUUGUUUUCAGCUCAAUCAGACAUGUGAGUGCCUUUUAAUUUUUUCGUAUAAUGCCAAUUUUGCUGGUACUGGGACUUCAUUCAAGAGGUUUCCUAAGCAGUGUUGCUUACAAGAGAAAUGGCAGAUAAUUUUAUUUGCAGUGGAAGCAAUCCCUUCAAUCCAGUGUAGCUAGAGAUGCCAGGGAAACAGCAUCAGGUUUCUGGCUUCCUAUCCCUCUAGCCCUUAUUUUGGGAUAAUGCUUUUGCAUUUCAUGGUCUCAUCCCUCCAGCUUGCUCUUCUUAAGUAUUACGCACAGUUUUAUUCUGUCAGCAUCUCCCUAAAAAUAGUGCAGGAUUUUAGUCAGAUAAGUACAGACUAUUUCCGGCCAAAGAAGUUCAUUUUUAGAUGAAGCUAUUCCAAGUUGAUAUGGUUAUUGGACUUAACCACUUUCGCCUUUCUAAAUCUAGUAGGGUAUCCACAAUUUGAAUGAGAAGGGAACAACUAAUACAGUUAAUUUUGAAUAUUUAGCAAGCUGGAAUCAACACAUCUUCAGUGUUCUUUUCUGAGGCUAGCAGAGGUUUAAGUAUCAACAUUUUUUCAUUCUUUCAGUAAAGCCUCAAUAAAUUGAACAGUUGGGAAAGAAGCAGCACUGAUAGACUUCCUUUGUCUUGCAGUUUGGUCCAGAUUUUCAAAGGGCGUUCAGGUGUCUGACCUGCCUUUUGAAGAUCUUUCCGUAUCUCUCUGUAGCGUCCUGCAAGCAAGAACCUGUGUGAUUCUACCAACACCUCCAUUCAUAAUUUAAGAGUUACAGCGUGGAAAAAUUGGAGACCAUGCUGUCAGCCUGUAUAUAUAGAAUAAAAGUUUGGUUCUGGCUUCUCAUAAUGGAUUAAACAUUCCUUCAGUAGUACUGUGAGAUUUCUGCUUGCAUUUGACUUGUUGGUAGUAUACAUGCAAGGUGAUUAUAUUGCCUUUAAAGGUUGUAAUACUAACUCUUUGUCCAGUAUAUGUCUGCAGGAAAUACCUACUUCCAGAUAAGUUGCAAUAACUUCUCAUUUCUAAAUGUUUCAGAAUAAGUUGGAACUAAUUAAAGUGUCUUCUAUCGAGAGCAAAUCUGUGCAUCUUAAAGACUAGUUGGUGUCUUAGCAUUCAGUCAUUAACUUAUGUUAAUACCUAAAUUUACAUUCAACCUAUUUUAAAAUACCACUUUCACUAUUCACGUUCUGGAUACUAGGUGGUUUUAAUCCUGAGGAAACAGUUUUGCUGAGUUCAGAGCAGAGAUGAAGGUCGGUGCAGUUCCGCUGAGCUAGUUGUGGUCAGCUUUGUAUCCUGAGUCCAUUUGCACACAGAAUGAGAAUAGUUUUUUCCAAGUGACGGAGCUUUCUACAUUUUUUUUUUAAUAUGUUAAAGAGUUUUGCUUAUGUUACAAAGUGAAAAAUCUGUGGGUCAGCUUAGAAGUAUUUGACCAAGGCCUCUAGGUCGCAGUGCAGAGCUAGGAACACACUCAACACGUACAGUUAAUGUUUUGUUGUAUUAAUUUUUCCAUUUCCCAUGAACACACAUGAGAGGGGGCAAACUUAACAAUCAUUGCAGAUAAAAUGCAUGAAUUAAGUCAUCAGAUGUGACCGUGGGAGAUAGAAAAAAUGCUUUUAAGAGGGAUAAUUCCCUGCUUACAGUCUUUUAAGUUUUACUGAUAUAUUCCAAAGUACAUUGCCAGUAUUCUGUCAUCUGUGAUAAAAUUACUAAUUGUUUUUAACAAGUCUACAAAGAAGCCUGUUUUAUUAGUUUUGUUUUCUUAUACAUAUUAAGUAUUCUUAAAAGCAUACGUUCUGAAAAAAACAUCUCAAAAGAUGCUGUAAUAUAUUUGUAAUUAUUAAUGUGCUAAUGGAAUAUGGUUGAGCAGUCUAGGUUUGCAUAACUGAGUGCCAAAUCCUGCCCACUUUAGUUACAUGAGUAGAUCAUUCUCUUAAACAGAGACUGUUUUAAACUAAGGAGCAAGAUUUGGCCUCGAGGUCUUCUGCCUGGGGAACACAGUAAUGCUACUUUGCAUAUUCCUGCUGGUGCUAAAUCAUUUGUUGAAAAUAAAGAUUCUAAAUAGAAAUUGUAAAUAAAAUAUUUAUGGCCUUGUCCUUUUGACAGACUUAAUCAUUUGCAAAUAUUUUUUGGCCUUAUUUCAAGUUUCCCUUUUGGUUUUUUUAGAGUAUGUGGACUGUGUUUGUUAAUGUGGCAAGUCAUUGGCAGGUUUGGCUUCCUGUGCUGCUUUCUGUAAGGCCCGUAACAUUCCCCUUGUGCAUUAUAAUAUGGAUGACUUUUCAGUGCUGAUUUCAGUGUUGUCCUUCAUCUUGUUUUGUCAUUGUAGCUGUUUAAACAAAUAGUAUGAAGUAGAACACAAUUGGCAUUUGUUCUCUAAUAAAACUUUGAGAAAAUCAGCCAUUACUGUAAGCAUUUGGAGAAGUUGUUGAAAAUGCAAAAAUGCCGAUUUUAAAUAAUUUUAAAACCUAAAUGUGUUCAUUUGCCUUGCAUAUAAAAUAAACUGGAAUAUGGUGUAUCAGUUGCUAAUCUUUGCUAUAAAUUGCUAACAUUUCACAAUUCUUCUAACAUCAAUUUAAGAACAUUGUAAAUGCAAGCUUUGGGAGGAGGUAUAUUAGUUUCAGAUUGUGCAUUAUAAAAUAAUUUAAUUAUAAGACUAGCAAAUUAGUAUUUUGAGACCUAUAUGUCGUAAUUCAUUAUAACAUGAAAAUUAGUCUGUUGAUGUUAUAGAGAUAGGAUAUAGAGGGCUUCUGAUAAUCUGCACUUUUUUUACAUUCCUGAGUUUUGGCAUUUUAACAAACGAGUAUUUAAUUUUCCAUCUACUGUCUUGUCAUAUGCAGGCCUUCUAAUCACCGGUUGCUGUCUUCAAAUACUUGUUUUAGUUAGUUAGCAAAAUGGACAGGCAAACUUAUAAAUUGUAAACCCUUGUAGAAUGGAAGUUCUCCGAAGAGCCAUUUGGUUAAGUUGCCUUAUUCUAUUACAUUGCACUCAUGUUUUGUCUCUACUUUCUUGUUUACUGUUCAGACACUGAAGUUGUGAUGUAAAAAUAUGUGCUACAAAUUUUUAUUCAUAAGUUACUGAAUAAUACCUUUGUCACCUGUUAAUACAGCUCUUGUAAAUGAUAACUUUAUGCCAUCUGUAAUACAGCUCUUGUAAAUUGUUUAAAUUAUUUUUCUUUUUAUAGAUUCUCAUUGCUGAAUGUACAGAUUGGAUCCCUUUAAUAUGUCACUGAAUAAUUUGAUUGGGGCCCAAAUAUAGCCAAUGCUGUAAUUCAUCCCAUCAAAACUGUAAAUAAUUCUUUACUGCUUGUUUGCAUGAAUGAAAUUUGGAUUUCAUUUACGAUGUCAUAACCCAACUCCUCUGUGAUGGGCCUACUUUUUACUGUUUAUUUUCCUGGUUUUAUUACCAUUUGUUCUCUAUGAAUGUUGAAACAGUACUUUGUCUUUUCCUAAUAAAUAAUUUGAAAUUGUU